UUUCUGUUUAUUUGAGCGGAGCCUCAAUGAUCCUGCUGCUGACGGCUGUGUCUCGGGCGCAGGACGAUGACUUCACUCCGGCUCCGGACUACGACCCCGACUACCGCCCCACCUUCGAGUACAGUUUCUACAGCAACGGCAGCAGUGAAGACCUGGAGAAGUUCAGUGAACCGUUCCUCGACCUGGAGGAGGAGGCGGUAACCACGACAACCACCACAGGAAGCACAGGGGGCGUCGACGUUCGGAACAGCUCAUCACUUCCUGUUUCUCUAGCGAUCAGGACACUCGUCUGGACCCUGAUGAUCAUGAUCAGUGUGAAUCUGCAGCAGCUACAACACACACUAUGAGAGACACACUCAGCAGGCGUCGGGUGCGUUGGAUUCUGCACUGAUCCAACCGGGUGGGAGGAGUCACCUCUGUCACCGGGGGACCUGGUGGAGCUCGGCCAAUCACAGACCUUUAUCAGAACGUUUCUGAUGAAUAUGAAAACUUAAUCACAUGUUUUCACAGUUUAUCACUUUUUUAUUUGAGGCAGAACUGAUUUAAGUAUUAAUAUUCGUACAUAAUAUGAAUGAGCCUCCAUGUUUAUAAUUUCUGAGGAUAAAUAUUAAACCUGACGAGGAGACGAACCAUCGAAUCUCAACGUGUUGAACCAGCUGCACUUCAAUCUGUUUGUUCUGUGGUCUUUUAAUCUGAAAGAGAUUCAUCACUUCCUGUUCAACGGAUCAAAUCUGUUUGUUCAAAGAACAAAUCCAGGACAAAGAAAAUAUGUUUUGGGGAAAGUUUACAAAUUUGACGGUAAAUAAGAGAAUUGUUGUU